GUAAAGGUUAGGCGUUUCGCUGUGUCUGUCUUGCACGUUCACAAGAAGAGCUCCAUAUGUUCCACAGCUUUCCCACAACCUGAGAACUCGAGCAGAACAGCAGUGCCCGAAGUGUGUGAGGGUGGACGGAUUGACAAGAGUACCGUAGUUGCCUUAGGCUUCUGCUGCAGCCUCCGAGCAGCUUUGAAGUCCACGAGGCAAGGGUGUCAGCUUCAACACAGCGCCCCAAUCUGCGGGUGGCGCAUAGUCGCUGCAAAAUGGGGUCCUCAAGUAAUGGCCACACAAUCAUGUUGUAUCAGCUACAAAAGGCCCAAGGGUCUCGCACCUGGGAAUCGCAUGAUACCAUCAGUGCAGCCAUGGAUGCCCUAUGUGCAAGAUUUGAGAAACUUCUAAAAGAAAGAAGCCCCAACGUGCGGAAUAUUACUUACGAUGUUUCCGACCUGUUCGGAUAUAUCGACAGCCUGUAUGAUAUCAGUGCCCUCGUUCUCGACGAGGAGCUGAGUGCUUAUAUUCCAUGUGACCGGAAAUGGAUUCAGAAUAAAGCUCUUCAGCAUUUAAAACAGAUGGCAGCCCCGCGAGGUCGGUAGCCGUUUGUAGUGCCCGAUCAGUCUGCAGGAGGGUGCCUUCGCAUCUCGUGGGACGAGUUGUUAUGCGAAGGCUCCUUGGUAGAGGAAGUGUAGGUCUUCGUCUUUUCAGUCGUUGUAUAGUGGUAGCCAAUAAGCCUAACUGCCUUUGGGGCGGCUCCGGGUGCUCCGGGUCAUACCUGAAAAACAUACGUCUUAUGCAGGCCUGAACAUAAGUAUUUUUUUCAUGAAUCUAUACUGACACAGCUAAUUUGGAUGAUCACGUCACUUAAGGGCACCAGUUCAAGACUCUAUAUAUGGUGUUUGACUUGGGUCAUCAAUUGAUUCAGUCGAUUCGGAUUAAAGGACCGUCUGCGCGGGC